AUCGCAUCAACGGCUCGAACCGAACGUACACUAAUAGGGAAGUGUUGUAGACGUUUUUUUUUAUACUAUUUUUCUUUUAAGAUGCAAUCUCGCAGAUUGUCUCCACUAUUGUGGUAGUGUGUUUACCGGUUUUCAUCCAAGAUUAUGAAAUAAUGUACGUUGGAAGAAAUAUUUUAAACGGUCACCGAUUGUGUUUGAACCGAUUCACGGACACCCAAGAAGUUCUAAGAUUCCUAAUGCUACAGUUGGUUGUGCCUAAUUGGACGAUAUGGAUCUCCAGAGUUUUGUGACGAGUAAUAAUUUAUGACAAAAAUUUAGACUGGACGGUGUUAAUUUAUUUUUAUAAGCGGUGUUUACGAAGAUAGCUAGUCAAGAUGAUGUCAAAAAAGCAGUUCACGUGCAUGCUGACCCUGCAUAUUGUGUAUUUGCUAGUGGGAGCGAGCAUAUUUUACCAUAUAGAGAGUCCUUUGGAAGCUCAACAAAGGGCCGAAGACAAACUGGAAAGACUUGAAAUUCAAAAUCUCCUCUACGAGAAUUAUGUUCCUAAUGAUCCUGAGAAGCAGACCAGCAUUCUCAAUAAGCUGUCUGUGUACUGCGGUAAACCAAUGUACAACUCCACAGCAGAGGAAGAUGAGCCUCCCGUCAAAUGGGACUUUUAUCAUUCCUUCUUUUUCUCAUAUACCGUCGUCAGUACAAUCGGUUACGGUAAUUUGGCCCCAACCACUCAUCUAUCAAGGAUUCUUAUGAUAUUCUAUGCUUUGUUCGGUAUUCCUAUCAAUGGUAUUCUUCUUGCAAACCUUGGUGAAUACUUUGGAUUACAGUUAAUAUCCGUUUAUCGCAAAUAUAAACGGCGAAAUGUACGGCGGGCCGAUAACCUGAGCUAUUGCUUCAACAACCUGGGCAUGUUGGGUCAAAUAUUCCUAUACCUGGUGCCUGGUUUCCUGUUCUUCAUCUUCUUGCCUGCAUGCUUGUUUGUGGUGUUCGAAGACGGAUGGGAUUACGUAGCGGCUGUUUAUUACGCGUUUGUCACGCUGACCACAAUUGGAUUUGGUGACUUAGUUGCAGGAACGGUCAACAACGGGUUUCAGUAUGGCCAAUUCAUUGCGUAUGAAAUUUUUCUUAUCAUCUGGAUAACCUUUGGCCUUGGAUAUAUUGUGAUGCUGCUUGGCUUUAUAACCAGUGGAAUGAGAUCUGAACGCGUGCAUAAACUUGAACAGAAAUUCGCUACGCAGUUUAAAACUACUCAAAAUAAAAUUCUACAAGGAUUCACAAGAGACAUUGCCGUCAUUAGAAAGAUCAUUAAUGAAGCUAAUUUGAUAAAGUUGAAGCCUGUUUAUGUGGAUGAAUCACCGCGUUUUUAUAGAAGCAACAGUUGUCCCAACUUCACUUUCGACGUAGAACCACGAUUCCCUAUUGUCAAGAGAAAACGAGCCAAUUCAGAAAAUAUACAACUUACAGCCAGAGACAUGCUUCGUAUACAAUCGGACACAGAUUUACUUGGCAUAGAUAAAGAUAAAACAUUUACUGCCUCAGCCAUUGUUAAACCUGCAGAAUUACUAGCCAGAGUUGUUAAUGUAUUGGGUGGAUUUGAACAACCCCAAGGAAAUAAAGGAGUACACAUGUUUAAUGACGAACAUAUUUUAGCAAGUGAAAAACCACCACUUUUUUCCAUUGGUCAAAAUAUAAUAACAAAUUCACCUAAAAGAACUAGGGCAUUAAGUAUUGCAGUGCCCAAUCAUAGAAAAGGGUCGAUUACAAAACUAGAUCACGAUUAUACCUGGUCUAAUGGCGAUUCAGCAGAAAAGUUUAGGAAAGAAGCAAACAUAAGAAGUGGUAAAUUAUCAUUACCGUCAAGUAUUACACCAGCUGCUGUUGAAGAGUCACCGCCUAGAAAUUUUCUUCAAAGGAUUUUUAGGAAAUCAAGCUCUACAGAAACUCCAGCAGAAUAUCUCAAGAAUACGAUGAAAGGUAGAUUAAGUAAUGCUCAAAGAGGAAGUGACGAGACUUCUAAAGAUAGACGUGGUAGCAUUUUUUCAAAUUUCUUUCAUGGCGGAGACGACAAUAAAGGAAAUAACGAAGCAGAUGCUUAUAAAGAAAAAACAAAACGAGGGCGUCAUAGCAUAUUUCCAACAUUUGAUUUCUCUGAAGAUGAUGAUGCAGCAACUAUUAAAGCAUAUCAACAAAAAACUAAGCGUCAUAGUAUAUUCCCAACCUUUGAUUUUAGCGACGAUGAUGAUGACCAUCUUGCACAAAAGUAUAAAGAAAAGACAAAGACUGGUAGACACAGUAUUUUUCCUACUUUUGAUUUUAGUGAUACAGAAGAUACAGCAGCGCGUGAUUAUAAAGAAAAAACUAAACGUGGUAGACAUAGCAUUUUUCCUACUUUCGACUUCAGUGAUCCUGCAAGCAAUGAUGAUGAUGAUACAAUAGAUGAAGAAGAAGUACGGAAAUAUCAAAAUCGGACGACAAAAGGUCGACUUAGUCUAUUUCCAACAUUCGGAAGGUCUAAAAAGCAUGAUGAUGAUGCAAUGCCAGAAAGUUCGGAUGAACUCGUGGAUUAUAAGAAUAAAACACGUCGUGGACGUGUAAGUUUAUUUCCUACAUUUGGUAAAGACCGAAAAACAAGUACUCCCGAAGAAAGCUCUAAUGACCUUGAAGCAAGUAUAAAACAAUAUCAAAAACAAACAAAACGCGGCCGCAAUAGUUUAUUUGCCGGAGAUAUUGAAGACUAUCGAAACUCCACUCAGGAAGGACGUAACAGCUUGUUCUCCAGUGAAUUAGAAAAUUACAGAAAUAAAACUAAACGUGGUCGUCCCAGUCUGUUUGAUCCUAACGUAAAUAUAUCAAAUCUUCCUGAGUCUGAACAGGUUGAGGUAUUAGAAAAUACUAGUGUAGCAGAUUUACUUCGAGCAUUAGCCACUAUAGAAACAGCACGUGAAGAUUCUGACUCAACUAGUCCAGCAGGGCUGUUAGAUUUAAUCAGUGAAUCAGCCGCCACUCCUACUAGAAGACGUGGUUCACUUAGGCCUGAUUUUACCUUGCCUACAGUUCCUAAUAAAGAAGAGACUGAGGAAGCCGCGGGACCUCGACGUAGACGAGUAUCUGCUAGAUUAGCAGCGCCUCAUUUUACACCAACAUUAGCAACAGUCGUUGCUGGCGCUGAGUUACAAUUGACAGCAGCCGCCGCACGAGAAAAUCGUAUGUCCAUGUUGACGCAGCCGCCUCCCCCUUAUUCUGAAUCAGAGGCAUCUACUGAAGAAGGCUCACAAAAACCUAGAGUUAGAAGAUAUUCUCCAGCGCCUGCAGAUGCAGGAAGAUCGACUGCCCCUGUGCAGAGACUGUAUACACGCAUGCGCAAUCAAAAUGCAAAUGCAGAAGAUGGAGACCCUACACGUUCUAACUUAACUGAUGUAGUAAUAGACAAUAACUUAAAAGACAAUACGUAACCUCAAACCCAUUAUUAGUACAAUUUAGUUGUAAGUAUUUAAAUACAUAACUUAUAUUUAAUGUAAUAGUAUUAUUAUACUAUAAAUUAUAA